AUGGCCAAAGUUAUAUUCACGGCAUGGAAGACUAAAGCCCAAUUAAUCGACGUGCGGAGCGAGUUUUACCCGCUACCGUCGUACGAUGGCCCGGACAUGCGCUCGCACGCCUGUGCCACGGUGGAAGCGUGGAAGCUGCGCGGAAAUGUGCCGCAUCAUGUUGAGGCCACGGCGUUGUUGACGGAUGCGAUUCUGCACGACGAUGCGCAGAGUAAUUCCAUCUUUUCAAUCCGGGCGACCUAUUCAGCUGCCUUUUGUCGCUUCGUCACUGGCCUGGUAGACACAAAAGUCACUGGCCCCCGCAGAUCAAUGUUCCAGCGGGCUGCUGACCUCGGCCUGCCGGCUUCGUUUGUCGAACUGCGCCACGAAGCAACGCACCGCGAGCCCCCAUCGCUGGUUGUCCUGCGCAAAACUACGCAGCGCUCCCUGGAGUGGCUCUGGGACAACUAUUGGGCUGGUAUUGACGUCGACGAAAUCGGGAGUGUGCCCCGCGUCACUCGUGAUGAUAGCGUUCCUGUUGCGACAGCGCUGAGGGGCGCGUUGCAACAGGUUGUGCGCCGAUCGGACUCGAAGCCGGUGCAGAAGAAGAGGAAGCGUGAGCAGGAGGACUCGGUUGCGGCUCGGUUGGUAGAGAUUUGCAGUGCGUCUAAAGACGGUCCGAGCCCUGCGGUGGGUGUGCUGCCCGUUGUUUUGUUGGAUGAGGGGAUGUUGGUGGAUUCGGAGAGAAAGCUUGGAGAGUCGAUGGACGCGAUAUUCGACAAGUGGGAUCCGGUCCUGCAGCAAGUCACCACGAGCCAUCCUUCGUUCUUGCUGCACCUGUCAGAGGAGCUGGUGCACACCUUGGCCCUGAACUCAGGGAAUAGCUCUCCCGAGAAUGCCCAGGCUGAGGGGCUUUUCCUAUGGCUCGAGCAUCUGCUGACUUCGCCUGCAUGGAAGUCGCGACAGGCGUAUUUCCCGCGCGGCUACAUUUCCACCAUCUGCAGCGAAAACUCCAAUCACUGGACUCAAAAGCUGGUGGAGACGUUGCAGAAACAUGGAAACACUGCCACUGUGGCGUCUCGGACUCAAAAUGCUGCUAAGAGUAGCUCCUUGAAGAAGAGGACUCAGGCAGUCCUUAGCGAUAGUGUAGCUGAGAAGCUCCGGGAGCAUGGAUGGGGCCCUAUUGAGAAAUGGGACAGCCGGCCUCUGGGAGUUGCCUCGACUAGCUAG